CAGAAACACCCAAAUCUCGCCUACAGAAGAGAGUGUAUGAAAUCUUCGAUAAGGUCCGAAAACAUAAGAAUGAGCUUAUCACACUACGCAAUGCCAGAUAAUGGGAAUCGAGCUCACCCGGCUCGACCUGCAGAGCUCCAUGGACUACUUCCAGCCCAUAUCUCUUCAGACUCUAGAAGGCCAUCCCCUAAGACCUUGGUCGACCAGAGCAGGCGAUGGUGAUGUUCCAGACUCGGUCAAAAUCAGAGAAUAUGACCAGUCCAUCGUGGAGCGAAUCAGCAAAUCAUCCCCCCUCACAGAACGGAUUGCCUGGACUCCCCAUGCUUGUGUCCACCGGAUUACCAGCAUAUUUGACGAACAUCUCAACCACCUGGCCCGUAUGAAUAUACCACCGGAGACGGGCUAUUCUCUCAAUGACCUUACCAAGUGGGCGUGCAUUUCUGAGCCACAUAAUCUGGCCGAUAUCUACGUCUGCCCACCCGGUUUUCAACGCACGAAACAUCCCACCCUUGAAAAUGAUCAGGAUUCGCUGCGUCGUCACGAGCUGGGACACGUCCUUCUUGCGAUGUGGCUCCGUCUUGAAGGCGAGAAUUUCCAAGAUCCGCAAGAGUUCCCGACCCUCAUGGUGUCGCUGAUGCCACCCCAGCAUGGCCGUAUACUGCAAGCACAUAUCAAGGAUAAUAAGCUGGUCGUUGCCUGCAGUAAUGUCUACAGUUUUGAAAAACACGAGCAUGCCCCGUUUGAGCUCUUCUGCCGCUGGCUGCAAGCGGAUCCAGUCAAACCGGAAAGUGAACCAAAGAUAGAGUGCAAGGAGGAAUCUCCUGUUAAAGCAGAGAGGGAUGAAAAGAGGCUGAAUGGCGUGCCUUUGCAUAGUGAUUAUGAGGUGAAAAGGAUUAAACGUUAA